AUGGAUGAAGGAGGACAGUCAUCUGAUGCUAAUGUGCGACCGAAAUUCGUGCCGAAUACAAAGCGAACGUUUUGGAGUAGUCGAUUUUGGUAUAACUUAGUUUAUUACAAACGAAAGUUUAGAUAUCGUACGUCGACAACGGUUGUGAGUGCGAUUGCGUUAUACAUUAUUGGUUACAAUGUGUUGGUGAGGCAAUGGAAAGGUGCCGAUCAUCCGGUGAAUCGUUUCAACUGGCGUUUGAAAGAGAAACGCGGUGAAUUAGAUGAGGAUUUGUUGAGGAAGAAAGAUGUUGACUCGUCAAGCCAGUCACUCGCAUAUGCUGAGAGAUUAUGGUUAAUGAGGUAUACUGGCCCAAGAGCCCAAAUUUCUUGUUCUAGGCCGGUACUAGUAUAUGUUCCUCUAAAGAAACCGUUUGAUGAAUGGGUUCGUUAG